AUGAUUCGUACUUGCCUAUCUGUUCUAACUAAGCCUUCAUUGUUCGCUUCUAGAACUAGAACUUUUGCUUCGGCUCAAGACCAGUUUGAACAAGCCCAAGCACUUCUGAAGACAGUUAAAGAAGACCCUGAUGUUGAAACAAAGCUCAAGCUCUAUUCUUUAUUCAAACAAGCUUCUGUUGGAGAUGUGUCUGGUAGUCGUCCAGGAAUGAUGGACUUCGCUGGUAGAGCGAAAUAUGACGCCUGGGCCAAGAACAAGGGCAUGUCACAGGAUGCUGCGAAAUCUGAAUAUGCUAAGGUUAUCAGUGGUUUGGUUAGUUCAGAAAGUGCUGUCCCAACAUCUGCUACUGUGGAAGGCCUAGCUCCUGUCAAUGGCUUAGAUGUAUCCAUUGAAGGAAAGGCUUUCAAGAUCACUUUGAAUAGACCCGAAAAGUUUAACGCUAUAACUGUAGACAUGUACAGAGGAUUAAUCGCAGCCUUAAAGGCAUCAUCGGAAAAUAGAGCGACCUCAGUUACCGUCAUUUCAGCCAAUGGAAACUACUUCUGCUCCGGAAAUGACUUAGGAAAUUUCGCAAAAGCUGCCACAGCCUCUAGGGAAGAGAUCAAGAAAAUGGCUGAGGACGCAGGCGAAAUGCUUCAAGAGUAUAUUGAUACUUACAUCAACCACGAGAAGCCGAUAAUCGCUUUGAUAAAUGGACCCGCUAUUGGUAUCGCGGUCACUGUUCUGCCUUUGUUUGAGUAUGUGUUAGCCUCAGAUAAGAGUACGUUCAAUACUCCUUUCGCUACUUUAGGGCAAUCCCCAGAGGGAUGCUCAUCUUACACUUUUCCUCUGCUAAUGGGUCAGAUGCGAGCUGCUGAGGUUUUACUUUUCGGAAAAACAUUAACAGCGAGCAAAGCACAAGAAUAUGGACUCAUUACCGAGGUUGUUCCUCACAAUGAGUUCAAAGCUGCGUCCAAAAAAGUGGUUGAGAAGUUAUCCUCACUUCCCCCUGAGAGUCUGAGGAUUAAUAAGAUGCUGCUCCGUCGUAUGCACAAAGAAGCUCUUCUUAAGUGUAACGAGGAUGAAUGCCGUACUAUUGAGGAGAGAUGGCAGUCUAAGGAAUGUGCUCAAGCCAUCGCCAGUUUCUUAGCACGCUCGGCUAAGUAA